AUGCAGGUUGAUUGGGGUGCAGUUCAUAAAUUCAUUACUGACGAAUGGGACAAGACCCUCGUCCCCACCAUUUCUGCAUACAUCGAGGUUCCGAACCAAAGCCCCCACUACGACCAGGAAUGGGCAACCAAUGGGUUAAUGCAAAAGGCUAUGGAUAUCAUUAUUGAGUGGGUCAAAAAACAGCCCAUCAAGGGUAUGAAAUACGAGCUUUUCGAGGAGAAAGGAUUAACGCCUUUCCUCAUUGUGGAGAUUGAAGGAACUGAGCCAUGUGCCAACACACUAAUGAUGUACGGCCAUAUGGACAAACAACCCCCUCUUCUUCCGUGGGAGGAGGGACUCCACCCAUAUAAGCCAGUGUAUCGGGAUGGCAGAUUAUAUGGUCGUGGAGGAGCUGACGAUGGUUAUGCCGUGUUUUCAGCUCUGACCGCAAUGGCGGCUGUGCAAAAGCAAGGCAUUCCACACGGGAAAGUCGUUGUUAUCAUUGAGGCCAGUGAGGAAUCUGGGAGUAUGCACCUCCCUUUUUACCUCGAGAAAUGCAGGGACCGCAUCGGCAACGUCGAUCUUCUUAUUUGUUUGGACAGUGGGGCGAUGAGCUACGAUCAACUUUGGCUGACGACAGCUCUACGAGGAGUAUGUGGUGGCAUGCUUACAGUGGAAACAAUGAAGGAAGGCAUGCACAGUGGCCUAUCCGGUGGCGUUGUUCCCGAUUCCUUUCGUAUUGCCCGUAUGCUCCUCGAACGUAUUGAAGAUACAAAUACCGGUGAAGUAAAAAUUAUCGAAGCAAACUGUGACAUCCCUCAGCAUGUUGUGGAGAGUAUGCAGUCAAUAAGGGCAAUUGCAUACAAGGAGCAGUUUCCCCUUCUGUCCGGCGUGUCUACUGAAGUUGAUGACACUGUGGAGCUAGCCCUGAGGAAUUCUUGGAAACCGUGCUUGACAGUGGUGGGUGAUAACCUCCCUGAUGCGGCAACGGCUGGGAAUGUCAAUCGUGCCAAGACCGUGCUGCGGCUCUCCCUCCGUGUCCCCCCUAUUGUGGACGCGACGAAGGCCACACUAGCGAUGAAAAGAAUACUCGAGGCUGAUUCCCCAUAUAACGCCAAAGUAACUUUCACUCCGGAUGAUGCAGGUGACGGCUGUGCGACACCACGGCUAAAGCCAUGGCUUGUGGAGGCGCUCAAUAAGGGUAGUGAGAUGGCUUUUGGUAAGGGGUUCGCAUCACAGGGCAUGGGUGGGUCCAUUCCUUUUAUUGCAAUGUUGCUGAAAAAAUUUCCGGAUGCGCAAUUUGUGGUCACCGGCGUUUUGGGACCGAAGAGCAACGCACACGGGCCGAACGAGUUUCUACAUGUGCCGUUUGCGAAAGGAGUAACUACGUGUGUUGCCCGAAUCGUUGCGGACCACUACCAUGCAACGCCAAAGAUACAUAAGCAGUGA